AUGGCUAAUAAUGGAGAAACACAAACAGCACUGAUAGGAAAAUCCAUUGCUGUUCUAGUUGUAUUUUGUAGUGCUUGGGUUGGUGCAAUUUUACCAUUUGCCAUUAAAAAGUUCAAUUGUACAUUUUGUAGUGAUCAGAGACAAGCAACAAUUUUAUCACUUGUUAAUUGUUUAUCAGGUGGUUUUUUCAUUAGUGCUGCUUUUUAUCACAUUUUGAUUUCAUCUGUUACGAGUUUUAAACAAUUAACACAAUUGAUGGGUGGAAAGGGAAUUUCAGCUUAUGGAACUUUUCCUUUCAUGCUUGCUUCGAUUGGAUUUGUUCUUCCUUUAUUCGUUCAUAAUAUUUUGAAUGCAUUUACUGCUAAAAUUAAGAAUGAACAAAAUCAAGAUCAUGAAUCAGAUGAUACAAAUCAAUUAUAUGCUCUUAAUAGUGAUAUUAAUGAAUUGGAAGAAAAGAAAGAAAGUGGAGUUUCAUAUAACAAGAUUGUUUCCUAUGUUUUAUCUACAGUAUUAUCAUGUCAAAGUGUUUUAAUUGGUGUAACAUCUGGUGUUAUUACUGAUUCAUCUGAUGCUAUGGUUUUAAUUUGUACAAUGAUUUUACACAAAUGGGUUGCUGCAUUUUCAAUUUCAGUUUCAUCUAUUAGAGCUGGUUUACCAUUCUGGACAAGAACAAUGCCACUUAUGCUUGUAUUUUCACUCAUGACACCAAUUGGUAUAAUUAUUGGUAUUUUACUUGUAAGAUUUGUAACUGAUAAGGUUGUAUUUUUAAUUGUUGGAAUUAUUUUCAAAUCAUUGGGUGCUGGUUUCUUUAUUUAUGUUUCAACAAUGAUUAUUUUGAGAAAUGAAAUUGCUCUUCCAAAUCAAUCAACAAGUGGAUGUCAUUCUCAAAAUGCAAAGAAUGAACAAAAAUCAAUUACAUCUCGUCAAAGAAAUGUUUUCCUUCUCAAAUUAUUAUUUGUAUUCAUUGGUUAUAUGAUUAUGACCAUUCCAUAUAAUAUUAUUGGUAAAGCUAUUGCUAAUCAUUAA